AUGGCUCUGGUCUUCGCCGCAUCCAGAUUCGACUUCAUCCUGACGUCAGGGAAGACCAAAGAGGGUGAAUUCGAAGGGGAGGAUGAUUCGACGUAUGCUUUCUACGCUUCCAAGAGGAGGAGGGCUUCCAGCGUGAAGCGAGUUUCCUUUGACAUAUGA